AUGUCUUUCGAGGCUCACUCUCAAAGCGAUGAUGUGGCUGUGGAGUACAGGCACAAUAUCCGCUUGCUUGCAGCAGAAUGCCAGAGCCUCUUUGCUGAAGAAGUGAUUGACAACAUAUCUAUUAGCACUUGUAUUCGUAGAGCCGAGCACAGAUUCCUCUUGUGGGCCAGCUUUCUCGGGGUUUACGGCGAUGAACAGCAAUGCCUUGAUGUCCGAUUGCAGAAUUCUCCGGAAAUGAAAAAUCUCAUCUUGCUUAUGCUGCAAGUGCUGAAGCGAAACCUUGUUCAUGUGAUUGCUGAGCCUUACGAGAUCAGCAAUGACGAUCAAAAGGGUCCUGUAUAUGGGAUUAAUGGUGCAUUGGAUCGUCUUCAUCGCCUGGCUACCAUUAUUCAAAGUGAACAAAGCAUCAACGAGACACGAGUUGCUCAUAAGCUCCGCAGCAGUCGGGUCUUAGAUGAUUUCGGAGAAACUGUUAUGAACUUCCUGCAGAAGCACUUUCCAGAAGCCCCAUUGUCACUACAGCUACAGUUAACAAGAUCAGUCAUACGUCGAACAAAGAACUUAAUAUACUCGAGGCAACAAAGUCAGGCACCUUGGCAAAACAAUCUCAGUAACAGAAUAUCAUUGUUGAGUCUCGAGGCAGAAGGUGGCUCGGCUGAUCCUCUCCGCGCCAACGCUGGAGAAUCCUCUGUGUAUCUGGACAAGAGGGUCACAAAAUUACAUAACAACACUGAUCAACGGGCUCCGAGUACCCACUCGAAUACCUCACAAGGCCUGAACUUCUACCCUGAUCUUCCCUGUCUCAAUGACGGGGAAGGAGAAGUGCCCUGCGAACUUUGUUCAGCUCUGCUGGACAAGACAAUUACCGAAAGUCAAGACGCUUGGCAGAAACAUGUCGAUGAUGAUUUGCGACCCUAUGUCUGUGUUUCGGAAGAAUGUGUGGAAACUGAAUUGCUGUUUCUAACUCCAGCUGACUGGAGAUCUCAUAUGGAGGCAGUACACAGUAUGGAGUGGCCACGGUAUGUUCACCAGGUAGUGUGGACAUGUCCACACUGCCAACAAGCUUCGGUGGAAACAACAUUCACUUCUGCAGAAGAUUUCAGUCGCCACUUGAGGGAAGGCGAUACGAAAUCUCACCGUCUUUGUGUUGGUUCAUUUGAACUGAAGAAACUGACUGUAGAAUGCAAACGAUACAAGCCAAUCAACGAAGGGGAAUGCCCACUUUGCAAGUCCUAUGGGGAAGCAGAUGGUCCUACCAUUGGACUUGAAAGCCACGACGAAUUGGAAGACUUCUACGACCAUUUCAUCCAACAUCUACGAUUUGUUGCAUUUAAAGCAAUCGAAUUAUGGGAUACUCAAACUGUUGCAACACUGAACCAGCAUACAUCUGUUGAGGAUGGUGUACAUCACGUUAGCCAGUUAUCCGACGGUGAGGAUGGGUCUAAGCAGGUCAAGUCCUUUCCUCAUGUUGACGGCCCCUCCCCCUAUCUUCCGGAUGAUACUCUGACUAGUCAUUUCCGGGACGAAAUGGACCGGAUAUCGAUAAGGGGAGUCAAUGGUAAGGAUCAAGUUGUUCCUUAUCUUCCCCUUUCGGCUCUGGAGAAGUACUGGACGGAUGAGCGAGUCAUGGGGAUUCUGAAGUCCCGAGCCAUUCACAUCCCCGAGGAUGUGCGAUCCAUCAACCAAAGCUACAUCAGAAUAUUCUCCAUUCUUGUCUAUAGUGGUUUCUGUGACAAGAUUUCAUGGUUCUUCCAUCACAAUACGUCCAAGUUAGACGACUACGACCUUCCGUUUGAUGGCAGUACCUUGGAGAGUUCCAGUGAAUGGUCUAUCUCUUUUUUGGACCAUCAAUGGAUGUUUUGUCCUGUCGAAAUUACCGAUGGUUAUUGCCACCAGCAGGCCCUGGAUUUGCGAGUUAUUUUACCUGUGACUUAUGGCGAGUACAUCAAAGAACACCGUACGGCACCCGAUGGAGCCAUUUUGCUCAAGGUUGACUUCAACUUUGGAUUUGACUCUUAUCUUUCAAUGGGCGAACAUGUGGUAUUCAAAGUCUACGAGGAUGACAAAGGAGAGAUGCGCUACAACGCCGAGACAGACGCGUACCUCAGACUUCAGAAGCUUCCAAAUGUUUCCAUAACAAAUUAUUUUGCGAGCUUCCACUUUCCAGAGGCCAACAGGUUUGUUAUCGUUUUGGAAUAUGCAAAAGCCGGUUCUCUUGCAGACUACCUAGAGGCAAAUCUACCACCUACGACCCCAGAAGACGCUCUAUCGUUAUGGAAGGCUAUGUUCAAUCUUACUGAGGCCUUAAACUCCUUGACCGCGAUCUAUCAACUGGAUCCCAGGUCACAAACCUUUGUUGGGGUACAUCAAGAGAUCAACCCAGGCAACAUUCUGGUUUUCCCUAGAGGCAAAGGGACAUCCCGAUUUGACGUUCAGUUCAAAUUCAAAGACUUCGGAAUGGCUGCAUCAGGAGCCAUGUCAGCCUCAGACAAAAGGCUAAGGCUCGGAAACGGACGCAACAGAUUUUAUGUCUCCCCAGAGGUGUUCAAUUUCGCAAUCUACGGUAAUAGCGUCAAAGCAAUAUCUCACUUAGUCGACAUCUGGUCACUGGGUGCUCUGUUCAGUGACAUUCUCAUAUGGACAAUCACUGGCACCAGUGGCCAAGAGGAAUACCGCCUUGAACGAAAGGCGGAGGCUUCGCAAGUCCAACACUUCAGUGACCUAGACUAUGUUUGUUGUUUUCACGAUGGUGAGAAAAGACUGAAAGCUAUUGACUACGUUCAUAAUGAAGCCUUGGAAUCCCGGGGCAACGGCGAUUUCGUAUCACCUGCUAUCAGCGAUCUUAUUCUUGACUAUAUGCUUGUUGAGCCCCGCGAUCGGCUAGAUGCUAUGCAAGUCUAUCAAAUAGCCGCAAGCAAGUUCAAAGAAUACCAGAAGUCACUGGACGAUAGUAUUUUGCCGACACUGAAUAGUUCUGAUACCCAGCCUUUUCAUCCAUCAACUCCAUUACACCAGCUUCCUACCGCUCGCGAUACUGUGCCUUCAUCAGAUGCUACAUUCCCACCGACAACACCUACGCAAACAGUCACAACCACAGUCACAACCACAGUCACGACGCCUAUACAGAUAUACAGACCACCAACAAUCACCAUAGAGCACUUCCACCAACAUAUCUCAGCGAACCUACGCGAGGGCAUCAAUGGCGACGGCGAUCAGGUUCUUUAUGUUGUACCAUCCGCUUUGGAUAACUACUGGACUGGACGACGUGUCGAUACCAUCCUGAUCUAUCAACAGCCUCCAGUCGCCCAAAGCUCAGAUUGGAUCAUUAGUGACUUCCCUCGCGUGUUUUCCAUUCUGACCUACAUUGGCCAGCCACAAGAGAUAUCGUUCUUUUGUAGCCAUAUGGAGGGCCUUGAUGACCGACGACUACCCUUCGAUGACAGUUGUUUCCCCCCGACUUGCAAAUGGGCGGGCGACUUCCUACGAGAGCAGUGGAUGUUCAUACCUCUGUUUUUCCCGAAAGACAAGAUCAUUAGUCGUGACGUGCAUCCGAAGACCAUUUUACCUGUUACAUAUCAGAAGCAAAUCACGCAGAAGCGUGGCGGACGUGAUACAGCCACAUUAUGGGAAGUAGAAGUGCAUUCUGGAGGAAGCCUAACGGCAUCGGAAGAUCAGCCUGUUGUCUUUAAGGUAUAUGAGGGCGCUGGGGCAGAAGACUUCUACAAAGCCGAGACGGGUGUUUAUCUCAAGCUCAGCGCCAAGAACAAUAAGUAUAUCACCAAGUACUUUGCUUCAAUUUCAUUCCAGGGAAAGAGGAAAUACAUAAUAGUUCUCGAAUAUGCAGCCGGGGGAUCCCUUCGUGACUUCUUCCGGAACACACCUCCACCUGUCAGCCCGAGCGAGUUCCGAUUACUGUGGAGUAGGUUACUCAAGCUUCUCGAUGCCCUGCACGUUCUACACGAUCUCUACCGACCGGAUGGAGCUCCAAACUGGUUCCUCGCAGGGGUUCACCAAGAUAUCCAGCCAGCAAACAUCCUUGUUUUCCCUGAAAAAGACAAAGACUCCCGUUUUGACGUAAGGUUCAAGCUCACGGACUUUGGGUUGGCAGAAAUCGGCAGAGUCUCAGCUUCGGGAGGAAAGCUGGCGACAGAGAAUAGGGGCAACCGGAUGUACAUUUCACCCGAGAGCUUCGCCAACUUCUCGGUUCAAAACACCGUCCGAACAGAUCUUCCACCAACGGCAGACAUCUGGGCCCUGGGCGCCGUGUUCAGCGACGUCCUUAUCUGGUCGAUUUGUGGUGAGCUAGGUCGUGAACAGUACCGCGUCCGAAGGAGAGCCGAGAUUUCUUCUCAGCGUCAUAUGAAGGAACGCGAUCACGAUGCUUGCUUUCACGACGGAGUGGACCGCCUUGCCGCUGUUGAGGAGUCACAUAAGUUAGCGCUUCAAGACAAAAGAGGCAAUGACAAUAUCUCACCAUAUAUGAGCGAGGUCAUACUGGAUUAUAUGCUCACUAGUGUGGACGAGAGAUUGGCCGCGAUGAAUAUUAGGAUCCGAGCAGAGAAGAAGAUUAAGAACAUGAAGGAAGGCUCACUCGAUAAUGGCCAGGCUGUUGCAAGUGUUCGGCCUACGCAAGCACGUCCAACGUCAACAAAUAGACGAAGAACUGUGCCUACCCCAUCCCUACCAGGUAUGUCGCAGGUAGGAAAUCCUGUGUUGCCAGCUCGCCAAGAGGCAAAUCAGUUCUGUGCUUCCCCCAGGGCCUCUCUGGAUCACUCUACUGCGGAACCCCCUUCACCAGCGCGAUCAGUCACCCAGGUCACAUCUUCUCCAAUGAACAGAGGUCAGCUUCAGGUGCAGACUCCAAAAUCUCCGCCCGCAGUCACGAAGGUUACAGUGAAUGAAGUAUACCAAAUGAUGGAGAAGACCAGCCUUUCGUCCUUCCCCACUCCGUUAGGCAUGAGAUCAGAUAAGGCGAAGGAGAUAAUGAAGCUCCCCGGUAUGGAAGAGGCUCGAAUCAAGAUCGCGAUGGCUAGAGGCAGGGACCAGAUUAUGCUCAUUGAUAACUUCAAAUCCAUGCAACAGUACAGAGCCAAAGUGACGAAGACGGCAAGGGUCAUCAGUUAUGUUGCAAAAGCUGUUGACGAGGACGGUAUGGAGCUUUACGCUGCAUCGGAAAUCGCCAAGAAGCCACGGAUUUGCAAGACUAGCUCGCAGAUCGAGAAAGCAAUCGCCAGGAUGCCGACCGUCGACGGGACCUGUAACAUGAGAGGUUGUCUGGACACAAUACUCGAUCGGGUUCUUGUUGGAAGAAAGGUCAAACCCACGAGCAUCUAUGUCUAUACCGAUGGGGUCUGGGAACCUGGUGUUGAUCAGGUCAAAUUUUCCAUCAAGCGGGCUAUUGACUACCUGAUCAAGUGCGGGCAACCAUCUUCAACACUGAUGUUUCAGUUCGUCCAGUUCGGGAGUGAUACCGAAGGGACUGGCCGGCUGAAGUUUCUGGAUAAUAAGUGCAUAAGAGAGGUAGAGACGGAGAGCUACGAUAUUGUUGAUACCAAGCACUGUGACGAUCAUGUUCCAAAUAUUGUUAUCGGGAGCUUCUCGAGAUACGACGACGAGGUUGGAUCUAGCGAGGAAGGUCAAUUAAGGAUAUGA